AUGUCGAAUUUCACAGACACUUCAACCUUUUCCCCAGCGCCAUCUUGUGCGUUACAUCCUCGUUCACCUAUGCUAUCCGGAAUGUCUGAUCAUACUCUGGGUGUAAUUCUACCCACAUUGGUUUACAUCGUUGGGAGCGUAGUCUUUUACAUUGUCAAUGAGCUUGAAUUGUUCAGCAACUAUCGCAUCCACCCACCGAGAGAGGAACUUCAUCGAAACCGCGUGUCAAAGUUGGGCUGCCUUCUUGUUGUUAUUCGUUAUCAUGUUAUACAGAUCGUAAUAGGAAUUCUUCUCACCUAUAACAACGGGCCGGAGCUUGUGGAAAUUGGGGGCUGUGAAACAUAUCAGUGGGUGCGACGGGUUAGAAAGUGUCUCACGGCCAUCCCUUGGGCUUUGACACUGCUCGGUUUAGAUACUCAAGGACUUAUGUCGAAAUUUAGCAAAACACCUUUGCUGUCACAUAUUUCGGCAAACAGUCAUGAGAUAUUAUCAAGCCCAACCUUUACUGCUAUGGAAUGGAACUUGGCGCGUAUCAUAGUUUCUUUCGCAAUUCCAGCGAUACAGUUUUUCGUGUAUCUCGCAGUUGUCGAUACAUGGAUCUAUUUUAUACAUCGUCUCUGUCAUAUCAACAAGACUCUUUAUCGGAUUGUACAUGCUCAGCAUCAUCAACUCUACGUUCCUUAUGCUUAUGGAGCCGUGUAUGCCCAUUGGCUCGAAACUCUUUUCAUGGAUAUAUUGAGCUUUACCUUAGCAAACGCUAUUUCAGGAAUUUCAGUUCGUCAGGGAAUGAUUGUGACAUCGCUAGCGACGUUGAAGACCAUUAGUGAUCACUGCAACUUUGUAUUUCCUUGGGAUCCUUUCGGAUACAUCAAUGGAAACAAUGCAGCAUUUCACGAUUUGCAUCAUCAGAGUUGGGGUCUCAAGUAUAACUAUUCUACAUACACCGUAUUUUGGGAUAAAUUCUUUGGGACCGAGUGGACUGAUACCCCAGGGGCGGACAUGCGCUACGCUCGAACUCGCGACUUAGUUAAAGCUCGCAGGGAAACAGACGAGACCAUUGUGCACCAGAAAGCGGCGUAG